AUGCGAGGCAAGUCCUGGCCCUUGAGGUUGUUGAUAUACUUUCUCAUUGCAGCAGGAAAUGAACUUCCACCGACACCGAGAGAAAUUUUCUUCUCCACGUCACCAGCCAUUCUGGUGAGAACGCUGGUAUCUGACCUGGAUGCCACUAGAUGGAGCAUUUAUCAAAGCUUCGCUUUGGAGGUGACAGGCGAGCGCUUGAAAGGCGGAUUGACCGGUGGCCGACCUUUAAUUGUGGAUGGUGAGGCAUGCGACAUAUCAAAAUCGAUGACCGCAGCCCUCGACGGCUUCCUGCCGGGGGACGCCACUUCCGCACCAGAGAUGUCGUCCGACGACCUGAGCGAAGUUUGGAGAUUUCGGGGCCUUCGCCUGACAAUUGGAGGUGUGUUCAGUGCCUGUUGGUGCCGGCCAGAAGGUCAGCAGAGCUGGCCGGGAGAGACUCCAGCUGUCAAUGGCAGAGUGUGUGAGAUGGCAACAGGUGGACCUUUGCAUGUGGUGGGACCUGUUGAGCUGCUGGGAGCGGAUGGUCUUCCAGAACAGGAUCCUCAAAGUAGCCGUGCUCCGUAUGUGCUUGAUCGCUUCUUGUUGGAUGUUCGGGGCUACUCUUUGGAGGAGGACUUUGACCGAAUCCGAGUGGUUGACGAAGAUGUUACGUGCGGUGGCCCUGGAUCCUCUGUCUCCAGUCAGGCCUUCCUUGGUCCUGGUGUUGGAACUGUUGCAGCAUCUGUGAAACCUGGGAUUCAAUUCGUUGCCUCACUGGGGCAACCCAGUACCGUUGGUACAAUGGAAAUUGAAGAUGCACGUGGAUACCAUGCAGAACUGCGGGCACCGCUUGGGCCUGGUGUUGACCCCAACGGUGAAAAUGCUUCGUUGGUGUGGUCUGAUCUGGCAACAACAACAGCAGGAGUCUACCGAGUUUGUUGGUGCUCCGCGUUGAGGCCAACAGAUGCUGGAGAAAACCCCGUGGACAUGACGGAUUUGUUCCCAACUCCGCCAGAUGAGGUAGAUAUCAAUCUCACGAAUUUCACCAAUGACUCCAACUUCAGCUGGGACUACACUGUUGGCUUAGAGGACUAUGGAGCCGCCUUCCGCAAGCUGCAGGAGCUGAUGGGCGCAGGAGCCACUGUGGGAGUCCAUGUCUGGUUGUUCCUGGUAUAUCGAGAUCUGCCCUAG